AAGUGUGUUCGCUUGGCCUCGUUGGCAGCGCGCUGCUUAUUGUUGUAACAAGGUUUAUUGCUUGACUUGUCUUUUUGGCUUAUAUCAACCCACUUCUCCAACUAGUUCACUUCCUUCGUUGCCCAACUUGAUUUUAAGAACAGCCUAGACAAGUACUGCGUACUUCGUCAGUCGUAUUUCGAUUUUGUGAAUCUUAUUGCCCCAUCGGUUACCGCCUGCUCCUACUAAGCCGCUCACUUAAGACCUGUCUACCCUUUAAUUUCCUGCUGCGCAAUGUCUUCUACCGCGAUCUCGACGAUCACAUAUCCAUGUCCUCCACCUACUACAAAUGUCCUUGACUCACAACAGCGCAUGCGUCUCAUACGUUCUGCGCGUAAAUUGGGGGCAGUUAUGGGCACCACACCCUACCUCCUCGAGGCAGACGUUCCUAUCACACUUCUCCCCGUCGGGGGUAACAAAAAAUCAGUGACGGGCAAAGCCCUGAAGCGCCAGGGCUCCAUAUUCACGCAUUACCACAAAGGCUCCCCGUCUGUAACAUCAUUUAGCUCGGCUUCGACGGCAUCUUUCCACUCCCCGUCCGCCUCGCUUGUCUCACUACCUUCGAGCAUGCAGAGCACAGAGUCUCUCUCGGUGACACCACCCGGCCUGCCAGCGCGCGGCAGAAAAUCAGCAGAUAAACCCAGACCAUUGUAUCUCCGCGUUAACACCAUCCCUGUAUUGCCCACCGACUCCCACCGUACAUCACUACCGCCCACACCUUCCUCAGCUCGCGUAUCCUCUGCUUGUUUUCCCCCUUCGCCUCGCACGCCAAGCUUUGAUGCGGCGGAGUUGCGGAGAAAACGGAUGGCAAAACUUGCACGUCAUCUAGGCGAGAACGUGCCUCCUGAACUAGUCACAGCGCAGGUGCUGCCUGCUCAAUUACGUUCAGAAGAAGACGUGCGCAACAGGAAGCGACGCAGUAUGUCCGUCGACGUGCCCAACCCACAAAACAUACCUUUCGCUCCAAGGCCUGAAGCUAUCUCACAUACUCGGGCAAACAGCGAUUGGGUUGGCGAGUGGAAUCGAUCUGAUAUUAGAGACGUUCAGAGGGAACUGAGAAACCUCAAGUUUGUACCGUGGUAAUGGCUCCACUUCGUGGUUUGGUUAGCCAUCACAUGAUUUUAUGUUACGCCUGUAUUAUGACAUUCCACUGGCUGCAGGUCCAGCCGGACGACACGAUUACUAGUCGCAUUUUCCUAUGUAUCAUGUUAACCUUUCGCAUCACAUUAAUAAUCCAUACACUCGCAAGUACUACUGUCAUUUGUAAAGCAUAAUACAUACGUGGGCGUCGGUUGCGAUUAAGUACAAUGUAUUCGGUAUUCGUCGUGGUCCAUGGAUGUUCUUUUAUGCGUGCCGAUGCUCGGAUUAUAACACUUUAUUUUUAGAAUGAUGACCCACUUUGCUUCCGAAA